AUGGCAGUCGGCAAGAACAAACGCCUCACCAAAGGAGGCAAGAAAGGUGGCAAGAAAAAAGCCGGUGACCCGUUCCUGAGGAAGGAGUGGUAUGACAUCAAGGCCCCAAGCAUGUUCAGCGUGCGGCAAUGUGGCAAGACAUUGGUGUCCAGGACACAGGGGACAAAGAUCGCCACUGAAGAGCUGAAGGGCCGGGUGCUUGAGGUGAACUUGGCGGAUCUGAACAACGACGAGGACCAGGCUUCCAAGAAGGUGCGCCUCUGCAUCGAGGAGGUUCAGGGCCGAAGUUGCCUCACGGACUUUCACGGCAUGACCUUGACAAGGGACAAGAUCUGCUCCCUGAUCAAGAAAUGGCAGACGCUGAUAGAAGCACAGGUGGAUGUCAAGACGACUGACAACUACGUCGUCCGCAUGUUCUGCAUAGCCUUCACAAAGCGCCGACCAGAACAGGUGAAGUCUAACUGCUACGCGCAGUCUGCGCAGAUUCGCAAGAUUCGCCGCAAGAUGGUCGAGAUUAUGACGCAGGAGGCAGGCAAGGUCCAGUUGCGGGAGCUAGUCAAGAAACUCAUUCCGGAAUCCAUCGGCAAGGAGAUUGAGAAGCAGACACAGGGCAUCUUCCCGUUGAAGGAUUGCCUGAUCCGGAAGGUGAAGAUCAUGAAGAAGCCAAAGUUCGACAUCACGAAGUUAAUGGAGCUUCACGGGGACGGUGGCGAUGAUGUCGGUGUGGAGAUGGUGCGUCCAGAGGCGGAGGAUGCAAUGAACACUUUGACGGCCGACGUGGCAGCUGCUGAUGACGAUUGA